AUGAUCACCGCCUUGCAACCACUUCUCCACGCUCGACAACCAUCACAAUCGUCGCUCAAUCGAGGGGUCACAUCACACGCAACCCCCUCUGCUCAACAUUCCAUCAAGAUAGUCGACCUAAACCCGGCUGCAGCAGUGCAAGCUGCUACGCCGUUCGCCCCGUCAUCCACCUUGCACUCCCCCUCCUAUCCACAGUACAACGAUCCGCCGUCUUCGGCUUUUGCAUCCACAUCCAACACAUCCACCAAAUCCCGGCAGAGGCAUCAUAUUGCGGAUCCGAUCGUCGCCUCAGGUGCAACAUCAUACGCACAGUCGAGCUCGAUCCCCGCUGGCCCAGUCCGUCGUACAGCAGCAGCAGCUUCCGCGGCAACACACACCAAGAACGUCUUCUCCAUCUCCACCCAACGUUGGGCAAAGCGUCUUGCUGAUAUGGCAUCACCUUACCCCGCCAACAAUGUCGGCUCCGCAGGCGCAGCAGAUGCACCACGAGAAGUCUCCAUAGGAGUGGGCACCGUGUACGAUCGAUCCGCCUUCAACUCCGGCCCUUACUCCCGCGCUGCCACCGACGACAAUUCCGCACCGCUGCGUUCGCACUACUUCCUCUCGCGCGAUGAAAUCCUCAAAGGCGUAGCCAAUCGCUUCGUUCAUUCCAGCGCCUACCUCUGGUUUUACGCUGGAAUGGCACUGGCUUCGCUUCUGACGGUGGUCAUCAGUCUCACAUCCGAUUGCCCUGGAACGCUGUUCUACGGUCUCGAGCUUGCGAUUAAUCUGCUGUUGAUCGCAGAAGUCGGUAUAAGGUUGGUUGCGUUUGGCAAACAGUUUUGGAAAAGCACGUACAACGUCGUCGAUCUAGGAUUGGUGUUGUUGUGCGCGAUCACGCUGUUGGUCAUCUUCUUCCAUCACGAAUGUUCGCCCUUCCGACGAUCACCGUCUUACCCAGACGAUGAGGGAAGACAAGGCGGAAGAUCUGGGAAAGGCGAAGAGCUUCUAGACUCGAUCCUGCUUAUCGGAAGGAAUGUUGUGCAGGCAAUGAGACUGGUGAGCAUCGUCAGGAGGUCGGGAAGCAACGUCACGAGCAGACCGACCAGGAUCGAAAUCGGGAAUCGUCCGUACUCGCUGGAUCUGGAUUUGGAAGAUGAAGGCGCGAUGGCGAGGGAUAGGAUCAGAAUAGGAGAGGAGGAGAGGGCGCCAUUGUUCGAUGCGGAUGAUGACGAGUUGUAG